ACCAAUAUAAGCUCUUCCUCGAUAACAAAAUAUUAGAAAAAAAUCAAAGAAAAAUGACAACCAAGAAAUUUCUAUCUCUUUUAAUGGUCAUUGCCCUGAUCCUUAUGUCCAUGGUUGCAGGUGAUCAACUUCAAGCUACAUGCCGUAUUGCGGGGGCUUGUCAAGGCGAAAAGGCAUGCAUUGCAAGGUGUGCAGCCUUGGGUACCACGAGAGGCGGUGCUUGUACCAAAUUCUUAGGUGAUUUGUAUUGUUGCUGCUGGGAUUGAUUCCUAAUUUAAUAUGUACUCUAUAUUCAUAACUCAAACAAUAUGUAUUUGCAUCAGAUAUGAAUAAAAGUAUGUGUUGACCAAAAAAAA